AGCUAUAAAUGUGAACAGUGGGAUUGUUGGGCAGUCAGUAAAAAUAUUGUUCUGCAACGAAAAUGUUCAAAUUUGUGAUUGUUUGCCUGGCGCUCUGCGCAUUUGUUAAUGCUGAUGGUGAGUGGGUGUCAAAGAAUGCUGACCAGAUAAAGGAGAUUCGCCGUGAGUGCCUUAAAGAGCAUCCACUGAAAGAGGAGCAGAUUCUCAAGCUCAAGGCAUUGGAAUUCCCCGACGAGACGGAAGUGCGUCAGUACUUGCUAUGCACUGCCUUGAAAUUGGAUAUUUUCUGCGAACAUGAAGGCUAUCACGCUGAUCGUCUGGCCAAGCAGUUCAAAAUGGAUCUGACUGAGGAAGAGGCACUUCAAAUUGCCCAAGGCUGCGUUGAUGCCAACGAACAGAAGGAUCCUGCCGAUGUUUGGGCAUUCCGUGGACACAAGUGCAUGAUGGCCAGCAAGGUCGGUGAUAGAGUCAAGGCCUAUAUUAAGGCCAAGCAGGCUGAGGCAGCGGCAAAGGCUUAAGUGCAAUGAGAUUAGUUCAUAUAAAUAUGAUCUUGUCAAGUUGUUGAAGCUGACGAAUGUGAAAUAAAAUUUAAAUAAUAGGGAA